AUGACUGUGGUGAUUGCUCUUGUGUAUGCGAUUUCUGUGGUGCUUUAUUUUGGUUUAUCGAAAGAGUUCUUUGAUAUUCUCGAGUUAAUCACCCACGUUAUACUCAUUGUUGUCGAUCGGGUGGAUGAAGAAAUUAAUAAAAGUCAUGCUCCAUACGUCUUUAAGGUAUCUGGUCAGAUUUCCCAUUGGAUUGGGUCUCUUUAUCCACAAGAUGGUGGCCCCCCACGUUUUUUACAGUUAUAUAUGUGUGAUAUUGAGAAUGAGGUUGUUAAUCGAAUUCGUGCUUUUCGUGAAGACAACAACGUGGUUUUAUCUGCAGAUAUUGUUGCUUGUCUAAGUGACAUGUUAACUGCAAACAACGAAUAUGUACGUACUUUUAAGACAGCAAAAGAAAUUUCGCAGUCUAUGAGUUUGGAUUCGUAUGCAGUUCGUCUAUUUAACACUAUUCCUGAUAGGAGAUAUGGUCCCCCGGUUGCCGGUACUUUGGGUUGCAUCGUUUGUGGAGAUGAUGUUGGUGGCGCCUCCUAUGAUGUUGUCAUAUACUCAAAGACAGGUUUACCUCAACGUAUAAGUAAAUUACAUCCAAGUUACAUGCCUUUGAUGUAUCCCCUAUUAUUUCCGUACGGUGAAGCAGGUUGGUCUCCGCAAUUACAGAUACACAAUCAAUCUUCUGGUCAGGAUAAGAACCUGACAAAUAAUAUGUUCUACAGCUAUCAGAUUCAUGAUCGUUUAGGUGUUUACUCGCUUUUAUUACGUGGUCGGCGCUUAUUUCAGCAGUAUUUAGUUGAUGCUUAUACAUUUAUUGAACAGUCAAGGCUAGAUUACAUUGAACAUCAUCAACAACAACUUCGUUCUGAGUAUGUUACUGACAUUUAUGAUGCUUUGUCUAGAGGUGAUACUGAUACACCAGUCAUAGGAAGGUGUGUGUUUCUCCCCGCAUCAUUCGUAGGAGGACCUAGAUACAUGUAUAAGCAUUAUCAGGAUGCGUUGGCGAUAUGUAGGGUUCAUGGUAAACCGCAAUACUUCAUUACUUUUACCUGUAAUGUAAAGUGGCCUGAAUAUAGGCGAUAUACAAGUACUAUUGGUCAAGGUAAUAUUCAAGAUAGACCUGACAUUAUUGCUCGAGUUUUCCGAAUUAAAGUUGAUGCUUUAGUUGACUUCCUCAAGGAAGAUAAAACUUUCGGUGAUGUUGAUGCACAAUUUCAGAAGCGGCGUCUUCCCCAUUGUCAUUUGCUUCAUUGGGUUGCAUCGCCGUUUAAAAUUUAUGAACCCGCGGAUGUUGACAAAUAUAUUACAGCGGAAUUGCCCGAUCCUACAACCGAGGUUGCAUUAUAUCGGACAGUAACCACCUGCAUGUUACAUGGUCCUUGUGGUCUGUUAAAUAUGGGUGCUCCAUGUAUGCGAGAUAAUAAGUGUAGUAAGCGUUUUCCAAAAGCCUUCAUGUCGUCUACAACAUUUGAUGAUAACGGAUAUGUUCAUUAUAGGCGACAUGUUGGGAAUAUGAUGAUAAAGUAUCUAUUCAAGUAUGUUUCAAAGGGUGUUGAUCGUGUCCAGUUUGUCCUACAACGAUCUGAAUCGACUGUUGAAAUUGCUUCUUCCAGCAAUUUGCCUUUUGUCAAUGAAAUUAACACUUUUUUAGACGGUCGUUACAUAUGUCCUCAUGAAGCUGCCUGGAGAAUUUUAAACUUCCCAAUUCAUGAAUGUGAUCCAGCUGUGCAAGUUUUAGCUAUUCAUUUGGAUGGUAUGCAGACAACUAUUUUUAAUGGGAAUACACAACUAAGCUUGGUGGUCAACAAUCCUACUUUUGCUGUAACAACAUUAACAGAAUGGAUGAACAACAACCGCAUAGAUAUUCGAGGAGUCAAUUUAACAUAUUUAGAUUAUCCUACCAAAUUCCGUUGGAAUGCCUCAUCUAAAAGAUGGAGCCACAGAUUUAAAGCAAAUAGUACAUCAAUUGGGAGACUCGCAUAUGUGCACCCAACAGCAGGAGAGUUGUUUUACCUUAGGAUUCUAUUAUGUCACCAGAAAGGGUGCAUAUCAUAUGAUGAUAUUCGUACUGUACACGGAAUUACACACUCUACUUUUCGUGCGGCUUGUGAGGCUUUGGGUUUAACCGGUGAUGAUCGGGAAUGGUUAGCAGCUUUUACUGAGGCAUCUUCUUGGGCUACCGCAAGUGAAAUGCAGUCUCUUUUUUGUCAUUUGCUUCUAUUUUGUGAUGUAGGUAGUCCAUUUCUCUUAUGGGAAUCUGCAAAAUCCAAAAUGGGGGAUGACAUUCAUCGUGAAUUAACUUUAGAGUCUCCUACUCCCGAGUUAAAUUUACACGAUGACAUUGUAGAACAACAAAUACUUCUGGAAAUUCAGAAAUUGUUACUUGCGUCUACACCAUCUAGAUCCCUUGCAGAUUUUGGCUUACCUCUGCCUUCACCGUCGCUCCUUGCUCUAAAUCCAGAUCAAAUUAGAAUAUAUGAGGAUAUUGUAAAUGCUGAACAAAACCAAAAACAACUACUUUUGUUUGUAUAUGGACACGGUGGCACCGGAAAAACAUAUCUAUGGACUACCAUACUGUCAUACUUCAGAUCUAUAGGAAAAAUAGUGCUAGCUGUCGCAGCCUCAGAUAGAUCAUGUUGCAAUAUUAAAAAGAAUACCCAACUUGCGGAGCUGUUGAAAAAGACUUCAAUGAUUAUAUGGGAUGAAGCUCCAAUGAGUGAUUGGCGAUGCUUUGAAUCUUUGGAUCGAUCGUUGAAAGAUGUACUCGAAAAUAACAAAUGUCAUUUUGGUGGAAUGUCAAUGUUGUUAGGCGGUGAUUUCCAUCAAACACUUCCUGUUCAACCAAAAAACACAAAUUAA